CCCUUUUUGUCUACUCUUUCAUUUUGGCUCGUCCUUAACUGGGAUGGCGUCGAGCUGGGGUUACCUGAGCUCAUGUCCUUGUCCCCUGACACGCGGGAAAAGGAGACCGACACCAAAAGAGAAUAUGCUGAGUCGUUGCUUUAGUUCUUGAAUCCAGUGGUGCCUGAGGCCACGUCUGUAGCUGCCCUUUCAGUUACCUGAACCAGUUUGGGUGAUGCAGGAACACCUUAGAGUCAUCCCAGCAAUGUUCCCAAUCACUGAUUUGCUGGAUUGCUUCUGUGAACAGCGGCAGGAGACAGCUUGUCCAGUUCCUGGUGGAGACAGCAAAACCUGUGGUCGCUCGCGAAGGUUCCACCAACCCACCACGUGGUGUGAAGUCUUCAGCGUGGGUUCAGGGCUGGAGACUGGCACGGCCAGGACCAUGGUGAGACAAGAGAGUCAAGACUGAAGGAGAUGUCACCCUCAGGGCCACGCAAGUGCAGGGUCAGCGUGAAAAAGGAGCCCUUCCUUACAUUUUGGACAACAGGUGCCUUUCUGCCCCACCUGGUCUCACCCCUUUAUACCAUCCUUUUCCACGAGAACAACACAAAACUGAGAAUGUCAGGGUUGGAGGAGGCAGGACUUCCUUGGGUCCAGUGCUUAAGACUCCAGGCUUCCACUGCAGGGGGCGCGGGUUGGAUCCCUGGUGGGGGAACUAAGAUCCUGCAUGCCGCGCUUCACGGCCACAAAAAAAGAAAAAAAUGUUGGAGGAGGCCUUUAAUGUCCUAGGACUCCCCUGCUUCUCCACACGUGGUCCAUGGAGACGUAGCAGGGUCUUCAAUGUAGAUUCCUGGGCCCAAGCCCAGACCAACAGAUUCAGAAUCUUCGGGAGGUGGGGCGGGAACCUGCAUUUUAAUAAGGAGCCUCAGGCACUUCUGAUAAACUAACAGUGGAGAGCUUCUCCUUGAUGCUCACCUGUCACAGCAUACCUUACCCAGCCUCCCGAAGUCGCCUGUUUUAGAUCUAAAAAAAACGGCGGUUAGUCUAUCACACUGGGCACCAUUCUGUCUCCCUGUAACUUCACUCUGUCUCAGAUCCAGAGUCUGGAAUGACACUGUAUAGGUUUCAUCUCUUUUCUACAUCUCAAUCCUCGAGCACUAAGGUGUCUCUCGGGUCCUGAGCCCUCUUCAAGGACCUUAAGCCUCUUUAAGUUUAAACAGUUGGUGUUCAGUCGACUCUUCCUCACAAUCCACCAGCAAGUAGAGAGAGCAAGAAAGGAGAAGAGGCUGCCAGGUACGCCUGCACUACCAACUAAAGUUAAGGCCCUGAGAUGGAAUGUUUCCAGCACUAAUUCACAACUCCACUAAAUUAUAACUUCGGCCCUGAAUUUUAACAGCCCACCUUUCAAACGCUUCCCGGGGUUGCGCUGCUGCCCCCUUCCGGCCCUGGGUAGUACUGCAGGCUGUCGAAGCUGGCGAUGGGGAUGCGCUUUCCCCACACGUGGGAGUGGGAACGCGAGAUAAUCCGUCCCUCCCAGGGAAAGCCAGGAGUUGCUGUCCUGCAGCAGGCGAGAAAUCCGAGACGAGAAACAGAGAAAGGAAGCGUGCGGCGGGGAGGGGGGGACCCGCCAGCGAAGAGAAGACCUGGAAGAUGUAGACCUGGACCACCCCGAACCCACAGUGGCCCAGUUCUGCCCGGUUCUGGAUCUGGCUCUUUCGUCAGCUCAAAAGGUGACGGGUAUUAACAUGGUUUGCUGUGUGUGCUGCAUCUUUUCCUAGGCCUGUCGGUACACAUGUGGACAUCAUUUACAUUGAUGAGAUCGUACUGGACACACCCCUCUGCCCCCUCUGCUUGUGAAGGAAAGUGUUGGCCCCUGGCUAGAUGUGAAGUCCACACCAACCCCUGAGGAGAGAAUUCCACUACCUUCUCAGUGUUAUUUAUGUGCUGCUCCCUGUGCUACUGAAGCUUACAAGUCCUGAAACUCCAGAGGGCUGUCUGAGGGCAGGAUGCGGAGCAUCUGGAGCUGAGACAGGAAGAGAGAACUUCGUCAGCAAGCGAGAACAAUGCCGGGGAUGUGGAGAAGGCGUGUCAUUGGUGCAUUUCUAAGAUUGCCAGCAGUGCCACAUUGCCGGCAGUGCUGUGUUCCCCGUGAUCAACAGAUCACCCCGCUGCGGAACUUGCCAGGACCAGUUGCAGAAUGAAAAGGCAGAAAACCUUGUUCAAAAAGCAGGAAGAAAGCCCUGUUCAAGGAGUGAAGUUUUUGGAGGACUGUCCCAUACACCCCCUCAUUCCUCUAUACUUGCUACUGGUUGAGAUCAUCAGGGCCUUAAAGAUGUCUCUCCUACCGUACAACUCCACCAGGAUGAGGCGGCUUCUGUCCAAGGCCGUGGUGAUUGAUGAUGGUGACGACGAUGUAUAUCCCUAGAGGCAGAACGCACACAAAUAUUACAUCCACCUUCUCAGCCUCUUCCCCUUCCUCUGGUUCUUUCUGGGAAAUUACUGGGUCUUUUCUGUUUACCUGCCAGAUUUUAUUCCACCUUUCCAGCAGCCUCAGGAUUACUGUGACAAAACCCUGUACCUCUUUGCAGUAGGUGUCCUCGUGCUGGGCUUACUUGUGCUGGGCAGCAGCUGUGUCCACGUGUGGUCCAGGUGGAGGUCUGCUGCUGAGGAAGACUGAGAACCAGUCCCUCCAGCACGUGCACGCACACAUGCAUACGUGCACAAGUAUGCACAGGCACACACACACAUAUACACGUGCACAAA